ACUCUCUCCACCUCCGUACCCGAAUCGGAUCGGGCUCGAACGCACGCACCUGUUUCGGAAAGGAACGGGUACUCGCGCCGCCCCGCCGCCGCCGCCGCAACUAUGGCGCCGGCGUUAUCGGCGCACGUCCCCGCGCUCCGACGUGCAGCGCUGUGCGCGCGGUGGAUACCUGCGGCUCUAUUCUCGUCGGGGAUUCUCGCCGGCGACAAGCCCAUUCUGGUGCGCGACUUCGUGAGGUCUGCGCUGUACGACCCCAACCAUGGCUACUUCUCCAAGCGGGCGGGGCCGGUUGGCUUGCUUGAUGCCAGCAUCCGUUUCAACCAGCUCGAGGGGAGAAGUGCUUAUAUGCAGCAUCUUGAUAAGCUGUAUAAGAAGCAUGAUAUUGCUUGGUUUACUCCUGUGGAACUCUUUAAGCCAUGGUAUGCCUACGCCAUAGCAGCAUCGAUUCUGCGUACAGCAAAUCUUUCAGUCCCGUUGAAGAUAUAUGAAAUUGGUGGUGGUUCUGGGACAUGUGCAAAGUGCAUACUUGAUUACAUGAUGCUUAAUGCACCGCCUAAAGUUUACAAUGAUAUGAAAUACAUCUCAGUAGAGAUUAGCUCCUCUCUUGCUGAGAAGCAAUUGGAAACUGUUGGUGAAGUGCAAAGCCAUUUGUCGAAGUUUUCAGUGGAGCACCGCGAUGCAACUAACAGAUCUGGAUGGGGCCGCAAGGAUCCACGUCCAUGUUGGGUCCUAAUGCUUGAGGUACUUGACAAUCUACCACAUGACCUUGUCUAUUCACCAGAUCAGGUCUCUCCAUGGAUGGAAGUGUGGAUUGAAAAAAUAAACGGCAGUUCACAAGCCUCCGAAGUCUAUAAACCACUACAAGAUCCAUUAAUUUCCCAAUGUGUUGAAAUUACUGGCAUGAAUGAAGACAAAGCUUCUGUAAGUGAGAAACUAGCAUUUGCUGCAAAAGGAGUUUUAUCAAGAGUACUUCCAAAGCCUCGUAGAGCUUGGUUGCCGACUGGAUGUUUGAAACUAAUGGAUACUUUACAUCAAGCUUUGCCAAGCAUGUCCCUUAUUGCUUCAGACUUCAGCUAUCUUCCAGAUGUUAGCAUACCUGGUGACAGAGCUCCACUUGUUUCAUCAAAGAAGGAUGGGAAAACUUCAGAUCAUCGCAACUACCUGGAUGCUCAGGGUGACGCAGACAUCUUCUUCCCAACCGAUUUCCGGCUCCUGGAGCAGAUCGACCAUCACUGCUCUGGCUUCUCAAAAGAGCAGAAGAACCGUGGCGCAUUUAAGCCCGUGAAGAAGAGGAGGACAAUUAUACUUGAUACUGCAGCGUUCAUGGAGGAGUUUGGCCUGCCAUUGAAGACGAGGACCAAAGAUGGGUACAAUCCGCUUCUUGACGAUUUCAAGAACACGAAGUUCUAUCUCAGUGUUCCUACCCACAACAGGAAGUAGUCGUCUUCUGCUGCUGCGUCAGUUCGCUGGUCAGGACAAGACAUCUACCGCACUGAAUUAGGCACGCCUCUCCAUUGCUCUGCCAACGAGUAGACUGGCUUGGAGCCUUGUCAAGCUUCAUGGAACCGUACUUUCCGCAGGCCUUCUUUCAGUGUCUUGGGUUUGGCUGCACAAUUUAUUGUCUGGCCACAAAAGGCUCGACUUUUUUUCUAUGUUAUUUUUUACAUGAUAAAAAGCAAAAGGUAGAAGAGCGAAUAAUGUCGUGAUUGAACCGAUAAAUUCCGUGCAUCAAGGUCAUCUUUUUUUCA